CCCAUACAAAGUGCCAUCUGUUUUCUCUCUUCAACCUUUUUUUCAUCCUCUUAUUAUUUUUGAUAUUAUUAUUGUUAUUAUUAGGAGCAGAAGUGUCCAUAAAAUAAUUUAUAUUGUACAUGUCCUGUUCAAAGAACCAUUAGGCUUAGCUAGCUUCAAAGAAAAAAGAAUUGCCAAGAGCCCAGUUCACUGCUCUUAAUUUCUUCUCAAGAAAUGGCAAUUUGCACAGUGUACACAACCCAAUCCCUGAAUUCAACAUGCUCUAUCUCAACACCAGGAAAAACCCACUUGGGAUUUAACCAAAAACAAGUAGUGUUUUAUAGCAAAAGGACCAACAAGAGAGCUACUAGCACUAGUGUGAUAACAUGCUCAGCAGACGACUCACAGACAGUGGUGAUUGGUCUAGCAGCAGAUUCAGGAUGUGGCAAGAGUACUUUCAUGAGAAGGUUAACAAGUGUAUUUGGAGGUGCAGCAGAGCCACCAAAAGGAGGGAACCCUGACUCAAACACACUUAUUAGUGAUACAACUACUGUUAUUUGUUUAGAUGAUUAUCAUUCACUUGAUAGGACUGGAAGGAAAGAAAAGGGUGUCACAGCACUUGACCCAAGAGCCAAUGAUUUUGAUCUUAUGUACGAACAAGUUAAAGCUAUUAAAGAUGGUGUAGCUGUUGAAAAGCCAAUCUACAAUCAUGUUACUGGUUUGUUGGAUCCUCCUGAGCUUAUCAAGCCUCCUAAGAUUCUUGUCAUUGAAGGCCUCCACCCAAUGUAUGAUCAACGUGUGAGGGACCUUUUAGACUUCAGUAUCUAUUUGGACAUCAGCAAUGAGGUUAAAUUUGCAUGGAAAAUUCAGAGAGACAUGGCAGAGCGAGGACACAGCCUUGAAAGCAUUAAAGCCAGUAUUGAAGCACGCAAGCCUGAUUUUGAUGCUUAUAUUGAUCCACAAAAGCAAUACGCAGAUGCGGUGAUCGAAGUGCUGCCAACUCAACUAAUUCCAGAUGACGAGGGAAAGGUUUUGAGAGUUAGACUGAUAAUGAAAGAAGGGGUGAAGAAUUUCAACCCAGUUUAUUUGUUUGAUGAAGGCUCUACAAUCUCGUGGAUUCCUUGUGGUAGGAAGCUCACCUGCUCUUACCCCGGCAUCAAAUUCUUCUACGGUCCUGAAACUUACUUCGGCCACGAGGUGUCUGUAUUAGAGAUGGAUGGGCAAUUCGACAGAUUAGAUGAGCUCAUUUACGUGGAAAGCCAUCUGAGCAACAUCUCCACUAAAUUCUACGGAGAGGUCACCCAACAAAUGCUGAAGCAUGCUGAUUUCCCUGGAAGUAACAAUGGAACGGGUCUCUUCCAAACCAUUGUCGGGUUGAAAAUAAGAGACCUCUACGAGCAAAUCAUCGCCAGCAAGGCCAAAACUCCUGUAGAAGCCAAAGCUUAAUUCAACUGCAUGCUUCCCUGCCUACCUUAAGUACUCAACAAGGCUUCCCCCUUUCUUUCUUUUUUCUUUUUGGUUGGUUUCAUGAUGCUUCAGUUGAGAUUUAGGCUAUUCCUCAGUAAGAAUCAGAACACUUAAAUUGUAUCUAUUUGAUAUUGUAAUUCUGUGGAGAUUGGUGUAAAUUAGAGAGAAUCAAAAGCAGCGAUUAAAUUCAGUUAACAAAUUUCAUACAA